AUGGCGGCGGGGUCGGCUCCUGCCAGCGGCAGGCCGGCGCUAGGCGGUUCCCUCUGGUUCAACUUUGACGGCUGCGGAAUAGUUUGCGCGUGCUUCGCUCAAUUCAUCAUUUUCUUCUCCUGCUACACCGUUUGCACUUCGAUUCUCUUCAGAUGGACGUCGAUCGGCCUCCUGCGGUACUGCCUCGCCGUCCUGCUUCAGCUCUUCGCAGCCCUCGCGUCGCUCUCGCAUCUGAAGUGUCUCUUGUCUGAUCCUGGCGCAGUACCCCACUUGCCUCUGCCUCCGUCCGCUGCGCCUCCGCGCCCGCUGGGUUUGGCGCCUUGCGGCGAGAGCUGCGCAGACGCAUUCGCAGCGGACGAUGAAGAAUGUGAAGCCGAAGAGGCAGCGCGGGAGCUCGCUGUAGAGGCACGCGAAGCGCAGCAGCGCCUCGCGCCGUGGCUGCAGGUCGCGCCCAGCGACGAGGAGGCGGACACGGCGGUCGGCGACGCGGAAGACGACGUCCUAGUGGGGGGGUCUUCUCGCCCGGCGUGGACGCGAAAACGCCUUUUCACCUACUCGCCUCCCGCCGCGUCUGCUGCGACUGCUGCGGCGCCUUUCGAUGCUUCGGGCGCCGCAGGGCCCGAGUGCCUCAGUGGCAACUGCGCAGAGUCGUCUCCUUCGCCGUUGCAGGAGGCGACGGAGCUCGACGUCGCGGCGAGCCGGCGGGACGGCGAGGAGGUGCGCAGAGAGCGACUGCGCGAGAGGCGCGGAGACCCCUGGCGGCGGACGUUUUGCUGCGGAAAGGCGACGCGCGAGGGAACCGAAGGACGCGGAAGCGGAGAACUCAGGAAGACGCGAGAGCGGCGCGGCGGCGCGUAUGCGAGUGUGGACGCGGAGGAGCGCUGCGACGGCGAUGACGUAGAGGAGCGGGAACUGGAACCGGCGAGCGUCCGACGAGCUAGGCCACGAGAGGAGACGGAGGAAGAACUUGACGUUGGCGGACGCUUGGAGGCAGUUUCAGAGGAGCGCCAGGCAAAAGACAAAAAACGCGAAACGUGGACGGUGCGAGCUCGGCGCCAAAUUCAUCUUCUGCUGCUCGCCGGGAUCCCGGGCAGCUUCCGCCUCCUUUUUGGGCUGCUGGUCGCGUUUCUGACAGUCCUGAAAAACCUCUUCCUCUUCUUUGCCACAUCUCCUGCCUUCGCAUUUGACGCGCCGGACGCCGAAGAGAGUCUCGAGCGCGGCCUGCAGCCCCCGAGCUGCCGAACGUGCAAAAGUUUGAAGCCUGCGCGAGCGCACCACUGCUCAGUCUGCCAGCGAUGCAUCAUGAAAAUGGAUCACCACUGUCCCUGGGUGAACAACUGCGUCGGUCAGACGAACCAGAAGUUUUUUCUGCUUUUUCUUCUGUAUGUCAACGCGAUGUGCGCGGUGUCCAUGGGCUCCAUCGUCCUUCGCACGUUCACCUUCAUGCGCGACAGCCCGCCGCCGCCUCCAGGUUUACAUCGCCACGCGCUCCACGCGGAUUCCGCGCGAGGCGUUUUUUCUGCGGAGAGAAGGUACGUGCGAGCAGAAUGGAGCCCAGGCGAAGAGGAUGCGGAGCUGGGAGAGGACGAAGAUGGCGCUGGCAGGCAAACCGUGCUGUCGCCGACGCCUGAACGUGAAACGCAGCACCCGCUCUUCAAAGCCGCGCGCACUGGCCGCGACAGUCGCGCAGAGGAGAGCGCAGCCGAGGCGCAGCAACUUCCGCUCGACAGCGCUGCGGGCGACGGCAGUGCGCGCGCGAAGACCGGCGGCGAUGCGCAGCGGGCGCAAGCAGAGGAUGUCUUCCUCUCAGAGCGCGGGAGCUUUCAAGAGCCACUCGAGAGCGACGCGCCGCGCGCGGAGGAGGAGGAUGCAAAUCGCAGCCAAGACCGCGAAGAGGAGACUGCCAUUCCAAGCGCGAGCGCGGAUUCGACAGAGGCCAGCAGACCGACCGAGAGGGGAGGGAAGAACGCGUCGCCGUCUGUUCCCGAGGGCGCCGAGGGGGCGGGACGAGACGUCAAGGCGCCGCCGUCGCCCUCGCCUGACGCGUCCUCUCCUUCGCUGGCGCGCGUGUAUCAGAGCCACUCGCCGCUGCUGAGUCUGCCUAGUCUCACGCGAGGCAUGGACGUGCUGCUGCAGAGUGCGGCACGCAGCCCGGCGGAGAAAGAAGGACGCGCAGGCGCCCGCGCCGGGAGAGCAGCCAAGCGUCGCAGCGGCGGGAGCAGCAGACAGACGCCCUUCCGCAUCGCCAACGAGCCGCUGAGUCUGCCCUGCGACUUGGAGCCGCUCGAGGCGGUGGCCUGCGUGUUCGUCUUUAUGUUCUCCUUCGUCUUCGGGCUCUUCACGCUGGUGAUGUUUUUCGAUCAGCUCUCGGCGAUCCGCUCCAACACCACGGGCAUCGAAGCGCUGAAAAACGAGACGUAUGAAAAAAAGUCUCUCUAUUUCUCUCUCGCGGAGGUGUGCGGAGCUCCUUUGUCAUGGCGCUGGUUGCUUCCAGUCAACCUCUCUUCGCUGUCACCGUAUGAAGAAGACUCUGACAGCUUUCCUCUUCGUCCGCUUCACGCCUCUUCCGCGCUGCGUGCUUCGGCUGUGGACACGGAAACGCAUGCACCGCACUCUUCGCUCGCGGCGCACGCCCCGCUUCCGCUCGCUGCCUCUUCGUUUCCGUCUUUCGACUUUGCCUAUCCGCUCUCCUCUCAGCGUCCCCUGAGUCACCCUGUGGAGCCGCGGCCGUUGGCUGAUAGAUCGUCUGUCGCGUAUCCUCCCCCGGUAUGUGCCUCCGCUCCAGCGAGCGCCUCUUCAGGUGAGUCUCUCUCGCCUUCGCUGGGCGAGCGGGCGGUCACCUCGGAACGCGCGAAUCCUUUCUUGAAGCAGGGAAAAGCAGGAAGUCACGAUGGAGCGGCACUGGAGAAUCACGCCGAAUCGCUCUCGGCCUCUAACCUGCCUCAUGAUGUUGAGUACCUCUCCGCGUCUUCGCUCUCGGCUACGCUUCCCUCCGCUUCGUCUUUUGCGUCGUCUAUCUUCGCGCAAAACGCGUCUCUGCCUGUAGUCUAG